GAAGUUGGGCGGAAGUGGUCCCGUGCGUUUUGCUUCCCACUCCGGGGACCUGUAUGGGGUUGCAGGGGCGACAGCGGGUCGUUUCUUAGUGUGGCUGUCUGUAAAGCCCUCUCGCUGUCAGAUGUGGGGCCGAGGGGUGAGGUGCACGGCUCCCCCCGAGUCCUCGGCGGUGUGCUGAGAGGGGAGACUGGCGGGGAAGUAGGCGUUCUCUGGGAAGCCCCACCCCCCCGCUCCACUUCCGGUGGGGCAGACCCUCUCCAUUGGAACCCGCAGACUCGCCGGCGCCUGCGAUGAAGUCUUUUCGGUUUCCGCAGCGGCGGUGCUGAGCCAAGUGUGUAAGUGUGCGGUAACGGCGUUUGUCCUUUCAUUCGCGCACUCGGUGCCUGCUGCACCCCACCUGGGCGCCGUUUUAUUUCUUGGGAUCCUCGCGGUGAACUCUUGGGAUGGAGAGGAUGUUUCUGGGACCUUAGAUGCAAGAAUGUCCUGUUAGCUAGUGACCACGGCUAUGGGAAAAGCAAAUAGGGAGGGCGUGCGGGGAAAGCGCUUUUAAAUACGAUUGUCAGGUUGGUAAGACCCGGGACUUGAAAAAGACCAUGAAGUGUGGAAUUUAUUGUACAAGCGUCUUGAGUACAGUAGGCGUCCUGGGUAAAGGGAGCGCCAGUACCUCGCUAGACCAGUAGACCCGAAGGUGGGAAUAUGUCUAGCCUGCAAAAAGAGCCUUGAAGAAAAAUGAGCUAAGUAAAAUGUUUGGUGGUGGCGCUGGUGGUUGGGUUCUGUGUUGAGUAGGAUCGCACCACUACUAUGAUCGGAUUUUUAUUUAAGAGGAUGCUAGUGUAAGCUUUUCGUUGUAAAUCUACCGUAAAGAUGAACAAGUAUGGUGGGAAAGAUAGGGUUCACACGAACUAAUUCCUCUUUCUUUUUGGAUUGGAAACUCGUCUUCAGGUUUUCUCUGCAAGGCUUUCUGGAACCAUCAAGAGGGAGGAUGUCUGUAACACUGCAUACGGAUGUGGGGGAUAUCAAAAUAGAAGUCUUCUGUGAGAGGACACCCAAAACAUGUGAGAAUUUCUUGGCUCUUUGUGCCAGUAAUUACUACACCGGCUGUGUAUUUCAUAGGAACAUCAAGGGUUUCAUGGUUCAAACGGGAGAUCCCACAGGCACUGGAAGGGGAGGCAGCAGUAUCUGGGGCAAGAAGUUUGAGGAUGAAUACAGUGAAUAUCUGAAGCACAACGUCAGAGGUGUUGUAUCUAUGGCUAAUAAUGGCCCAAACACCAAUGGAUCUCAGUUCUUCAUCACCUAUGGCAAGCAGCCACAUCUGGACAUGAAAUACACAGUAUUUGGAAAGGUAAUAGAUGGUCUGGAGACUUUGGAUGAACUGGAGAAGUUACCAGUAAAUGAGAAGACAUACAGACCUCUGAAUGAUGUUCACAUUAAGGACAUAACAAUUCAUGCCAACCCAUUUGCUCUGUAGCCAUCAUAGACCUGGGCAGACACUUGGCAAACUCUUCACUGGAACACAUCCAUUGUGGUUUAUCCAGUUCUGAUUAUGUCAGAGACUCUGGUCCUUCCAGUGUUCACAGCAAUGAUGUCCAUCUGAGAGACCUGUAGCAUUCACCCCCAGUCGUGAGCAUAUUCUGUACCACUGCUAUUGUUCAAUAUGUUUAAUUUAAAUACAACAAAGCAAUGCCUUGUUUUUAUUA